GAUCGCUCAGUGUCUAGACAUAUAUUCCUUACAUCAUUCACUCUCGCUUUCUCGUUACUUCACAGAAUAUGUAAUCUAUCCAAUUACUGCCUCUCAUUUACUUGAAUGCGCCUCAGUUGCGCAGCUUCUCACCAUAGUAUCAUGUCCCUAGUGCAACGGGUGUCUGCCAUUGACGGGGUAGAUAAUGUGGAUGUCGUCGAGACGGCGAGUAUCCUCUCCAUCCCCAUCCGGCGCGAAAUCAGCUACGAUGUCUUACCGCCGCCUCCCGUGGAAGAGCGUUUAGAUACGAAAGCGGCGACUCCAGCCUACAGAGUGUCAACCGCAAAGCGACUCGCUCAGGUGAUUGUGACGUUGUUGGCCUGUUGGUGCGCCUCUGGAAUCGUCUUCGGCUUCGCGGCGCUGAAGCCGGUGAUGAUCAACGAAGGUGUGUACCGGAACCUGUGCACUGAGACGGUGUUGCCCAAGGAGGGCAACGUGUGUAGGGCGCAAGAUCUUCGCCUAAACCUAUUCUUCAUGGUCGGCUCUAUUACAGCGAAUGUGUCCGCUCUUCCGGUCGGCACCAUCCUCGACCGCUAUGGCUCUCGAUGGUGUGGUUUUAUCGGCUGUAUAGCUUUGGCCGCUGGUAGUCUGCUCAUGGCCUUUUCUUUCUCGCGUGGCGUGGACGGUUAUAUCGCGGCAAACUUGAUGUUGGCGUUGGGAGGCACAUUCAUCUUUGUCCCGUCCUUCCGAAUCGCCAAUGCGUUCCCCAAGUACACCGGAACGAUUGUCGCGCUCGUCACAGGCGCAUUCGAUGCAUCAGCAGCGGUCUACCUCUUCUAUCGCCUGGCGUAUGAGAAGAAUCCAGGGACCUAUUCCCCGGAGCGGUUCUUCCUGGCCUACCUAGCGGUACCGGCUUGUAUUCUCGUCGCAUUGCUUACGAUUAUGCCGACUCACGACUACCAAACCACACAACAACUGCAAGUCAAGAUUGAGCAGGCCGAGGACAGUAUGCAGGAUGUCCAUGACUCGGAUGCCGAGAUUGAAAGCAAUUCAGAGUUAUGGCAGGUUCGGACGGACCGCGCGAAGCAUCGGAAGGAUCAACUACGCAAGAUUGACAAAGUCUUCGGAGACAAGAGUGAGCGUAAACAACGCCAGGAAUGGGAGGAAGAGCGGCAUGAAACGAGUCGGGUAUGGGGGGUCUUGCAUGGUUUACCGGCCCACGCACAAAUGAAGACACCGUGGUUCAUCCUAAUCCUUCUCAUGACUGUCCUACAGAUGUUGCGCAUGAAUUAUUUUAUUGCGACCGUGCGAUCGCAGUACGAGUUUAUGCUCCACUCAGAACGGCAGGCCGGAACGAUCAAUGACUUCUUCGAUGUUGCGUUGCCCGUGGGGGGUGUGCUUUCCACGCCCCUUAUCGGGCUCCUGCUUGAUAAUCUCAGUGUGCCGGCUACGUUGGCAGUGAUCGUGCUCUUGACCACAACUACUGGCGUGCUGAAUUCUGUCCCCGCCGUAUGGACGGGCUAUCUGACCGUUAUCCUCUUUGUUCUCUUAAGACCAUACUACUACUCGGCAAUGUCCGACUACGCAACUAAAGUAUUUGGCUUCGGAACGUUCGGCAGAGUCUACGGAACGAUCAUCUGCUUUUCCGGCCUCGUCAACUUCGCCCAAUACUUGUUGGACUAUCUAACGCACGGUCCGUUCCACGGUAACCCGAUCCCAAUUAAUAUCUUCCUUGCCACGGCCGGCCUCAUCGUGGGUGCAACGCUGGUGACUUUUGUAUAUAUCGCGGAGAAAAGAUGGAGGGAAGAAAAGCGAGCGGAGUGCGACGAAGAACGGCAGCGACUGAUUCCGGAAGAGGCGGAAGAAGAGCAAGCUUGAGACAAUGAAGAACACUCCUUUGGCCGUUAUAACGAUUCACCUCGUUGCAGAUAUGUUACGAAUGAGUCUAAAAGGUCUAUGGUAAAAGGCAUGCCUUACGCAGCGAACACUUUUAAUGACACCGCAUACAUUAGAUGAAUCAUAUUGAGUCUCUGUUUAUAACUGUGGAAUAGUGGUCUCGCAAGGAUCUGUUCCUCGUAAAGCCUAUCUACUGUACUGAGUGUCUAGCUAUAUAGUCACCUCGUCGAUGAAGUAGAUUUAAUGUCAUAUACACCUGAAUAUCCCGGAAGCCUACAUUACACAGAUCUAGAUAGAAAAGUGGCGCAUGC